GAGAUGGAGGAGGAGGCUGCAGAGCUGAGCCAGUGGCAGGGGAUGGCCGGGUGCCAGCCCGCGAUGGAUACCAAGAAGUCUGUAUCUAUCCUGGACAUGUCUCCAUCUCCUGGAAGCAAUGGAGUGCACACCUGUUGGAACCAUAGCCCACCAGGCAUUCAACACUUUUCACAGGGCACAGAGCUUGCAAGGACCCCCUUGGUGUCUGCCGGGGCAUCCAGGCAGAAUGCGGUUGAAAUGGGGCCACAGUUCAGUAUGUUGCUGCCUGAGUGUGGUGUGAGCUACUGCUGCCCUCAAGCGACUCUUAGGCCUUCCCAGAUGAUUUACUGUCAGGAAAUGCCCACCCAGCCAGGGAUGAUGAUUUUCAAGGGGCCCCAGAUGAUGCCCUCAGUAGAGCCUAGUGUUCCAAGAGUGGCCCUGACCUUCAGCGGGAAUCUAAGGAUGCCUCUCAGUGGGCCACCACUCUCACCUCCCACUGGAAUCCCAACAAUGUCCCACAUCACAACCCCAACAAUGUCUUAUUCUGGACCCCCAUCAGUUCCUUCUAACAGAGCCUCAUUAACUCCUAAAAUGUCAUUGACCCCAACCAUGCCUUCCACGGAGGCACAGGCAAUGCUCCCUUCUUUGGCUCAUAUGUUGCCCCUUAAAGAUUCCCACGACCUUGGGAUAUCCCCACCUGGGUCUCCAUCAUUGCUGGCUUUAGAAUCCCAGAAUACUCUUGGGAGCCAGCCAGACUCCCAGGAAGACCCCUUCCUACCUGAGCAGCUCGUACCUGCUCCACAGAGAGCAGAGCAGAACUCCAGGGCCCAGGAAGGGGCACCCAGAAAGAGAUCCCCAGUUUCAAGACCCUACCGUUGCCAGUAUGAGAACUGUGGAAAAGCUUAUACCAAGCGUUCCCACCUUGUGAGUCACGAGCACAAACACACAGGGGAGAGGCCCUAUGCGUGCAAGUGGGAAGGCUGUAGCUGGGCUUUCUCCCGUCCCGAUGAGCCUGGACGACAUAUGCGGAUACACGCCAGAUAUCGACCUCAUGGAUGUGAUCUGUGCGGCCGACAAUUCAUGAGAUCUGACCAUCUCAGGCAACACCAGAAGACUCAUCUGCAGGGGUCUGGAUCCCCAGACCCUCAGGCCAACAAUGGACACAUGGAUGAUCCUCCUGCCCCGGUCUUUAGAUCAAUCCCCUCGUCCCCUCAUUUUGGCUUCUCUACCCAGAUCCUGCCUGUCUCUGACCGGCUAGUGUCUUUGACCUGCCAGCGGCCGCUGCCUCCACCCGGGCCUGUGUCUGCCUUUGCCACCCCCAGGGCCGCGGGGGUCCCUGCCGAGCCGGCCGAGCGGCCUGGGGACCCCCACAUCGCGGAACCCCAAGGAAAUGAAAGGUGCACCUGGAGGCGCCGCCCCUGUCCUGCUGAGCCUCGUCACUGCAGAGAAGAUGGGGUGCCCCUGGCCACACAGGCUGCAAGAGUCCAGCCCCCCAAGCCCCCCUGA